GCUGGUGGUUCCACUUUCUAUUUUUAUUUUAUUAUUGAUUUCUUUAUGUAAACCAUAUUGUGAUGUUAGGUGAGAUUAUUAAAUAAAUAAUUUACCAGUAGCUAUCCAGAUUUUAAGCAGGGGAGUAAAUUACCUAGUCUUUAGCUCUUUUUUGGAAAAAAAAAAAAUCUUUGGCAUCUAUUUUGCUUGCAAAGAUUAGACCUUUGUUAGAACUAAUUCAAAGAAAAAAUGAGUGGAGAAGGAAAGGUGGUCUGUGUGACAGGAGGGUCUGGUUACAUAGCCUCCUGGCUAAUCAAAUUCUUGCUUCAAAGAGCUUACACUGUCAAGGCCACUGUUCGUAAUCCAAGUAAAUCCCUCCCUAUCUGUCUCUUUUUUUCCUACAAGCUCAGUUGGGUCAUUGGUGAAUCUUGAUUUCUUUGAAUGAGGGUUUGAUUUUAUAGUGACUUUGGUUGUGGCUGUGCGGCUGUGGAUCUAAUCUUUUAUGUUUUACUUCUGGUUUUGACUUCUUUUUAUACAAUUUCAUGGGUAUUUAAUUGCUUAUAGCACUUUUUUAUGUGGUUUUGUUGAUUAUUGAUAAUUUUAUAUCCUGCAGUUUGCUUGUUAAGAAUGAAUUGAAUCAGCCCUCACUUCGAUUGAGUAGCUAAAUGACUUAAACUUUUCAUGUAUCAUUAUUUUGAACACCAAGCAAGGACGAUGGAAAGAAAGCAAGAUCCUAGCAUAUGAAUGAUCUGAAGAAAACUGCACACUUGCUUGCACUUGAGGGAGCCAAGGAAAGGCUUCACUUGCUCAAAGCUGAUUUAUUGGAAGAAGGAUCUUUUGAUGCUGCAGUUGAUGGUUGUGAAGCUGUUUUCCACACAGCUUCCCCUGUAUCUCUUCAAGCCAAUGCGGAUCCUCAGGCAGAACUAGUUGAUCCUGCAGUGAAGGGAACUCUAAAUGUUCUUCGAUCUUGUGCAAAAGUUCCUUCUAUCAAGAGAGUGAUUAUAACAUCUUCAUUUGCUUCUCUUCCAUACAAUGGAAAAACUCUGGCCCCUGAUGUAGUUGUUGAUGAGACUUGGUUUUCAGAUCCAGCUGUUUGUGCGGAACAGAAGCUCUGGUAUCAACCUGGGAAAACGUUAGCUGAGCAGGCUGCUUGGGAAUUUGCAAAAAACAAGAAGAUGGAUUUUGUUACAAUACAUCCAGUGUUUGUCCUUGGUCCUCUUUUGCAGCCAACUAUUAAUAGCUCUAUCGAGAUACUUUUCAAUCUCAUAAAUGGAGGAGCUCAAGAGUAUCCUGAUGCAUAUUAUAGAUCCAUCGAUGUGAGAGAUGUUGCUUAUGCACAUAUUCAGGCUUUGGAGAUUCCUUCAGCUAGUGGCAGAUAUUGUUUAAUUGAAAGCGACUUUCACUUCUCUGAGGUUAUGAAGAUUGUGCAGCAACAUUAUCCUACAUUGCACCUUCCAAAAAAUUGCAGAUGUGACUCCGGAUUGAAUUACUUAACGAAGUAUGGGGUAUCCAAGGAAAAAGCGAAAACUUUGGGUAUUGACUUCAUUCCUUUGGAGGUUAGUUUGAAGGACACUAUUGAAAGCUUGAAGGAGAAGGGCUUCCUCAGCAUUUGAUUUUGGCUGUUGGAUGAAAAGCAAUGGAAAUUGUUGACUGAUGAGACUUUUUUACUUAAGUUUUAUUUAAUGUUUUGUUUAUGUUGAGAAUUUGAAUCAUAAUA